GCUUUGGAAAAGACUGAAGGGAGAUUAUCGGAAAAACUUAAGGACUGCACUCUUUGAGGCGACUUCUCUUAUAUCUCUCCUUCGUUUUCCAUUGUUCCAUCGGAUCCCAUCGUCGAGAAUCAAGGUCUGCUGUAGGAAUCCUCUUCUGGGUAGUUUAGGAUUUUGCAAGACUUCGACUUGGUUGUGAAAAUUUUUCUUCGCUGCGGGUACUCUGUUGUCCUCUGGUGUGGAAGAUCAACUAAAGGAGUGAGAAUUUCUGCUCUUCCCGAGAUGGAGAACUAGGAAGAUUUUGGGGAGGUGGGAGAAAUGGAGGAGCAAGAGCGGAAGAUCCGAGCGAGGCUGCAAUCGGAGCGAAUGAUAUCGAAAAUCGCCAGGAAGAAGGCUGAUCAGUUGGCGCAACGGGUUGUUGAAUUAGAGACACAGCUUGAGAUUGUGCACAACCAGAAAAAGAAGGCUGAGAAGGCUGCUGCAAAGGUUCUCUCGAUAUUAAGAGACAAUGGGAUUGAAUAUUCUGAUGAAGGUGCAUCAAGGACUGGGCAGGAAGAGAUUUGGAAUUCACCAUGUGAAGGAAUUCUUUCUUACUCCGAGACCACACCAGAACAAACAUCUGGUGAAGAAAAUUACGUUGAGCUUUUCCCAAAGGAUGCAGAUCUAUGUUCUCCAGUUGAAGAAGGAAGUGAAUUUGACUCUGGUACUAAUGUAAAUGAGUCUGAAGAAGAUGCAGAGAUAAAUAGAGAAUCGGAGCAAGAAGCUUGCUACCAAUCCAAAGAGGAAGGGAGAGAAAACAAGGAGAAGGUCCACGGAGUCGCUCCUUCUGGUUCGAUCUCCCCUGGACCUGCACAGCCUUCUGAUCAGGCCGUAAAGGCUACUAGACCACUUAAAUUACUGGAGAUUGAACACCCUUUUGCUUACAUUAAAUCGCCGUCAGAAUCAUAUGAAGCUCAGAUAAAUGAUGGGUCAGUAUCCGGUGUCUCACAGGAUGAAAUUCGACCUGAAGCUGUCACAACAAGAAUGAAAGCUGCGUCAAGCGGCAGGUUGGCUGUAGAGAAGAAAUCUUUGUCAUAUACAUUGGUGGAAGCAAAUAUCAGUAAAGAAAAUGGUCAAGGUUUCCCCAAGGACAGACUUGAUUCCGGAUCAACAACCAGCAACAGAUCAACAGACCAUUCUCCGGCAGAGCGUGGGCCCACUCCUGUUCAUCAUGUACAAGAAACUUCAGGUGCUGCAAAAGCCAAAGGAAAGCAGCCUGUGUUUCUAGUGGGAGCUGCUUCCUCUCCAGGUAUACCAAGCAGCUCAAAACUCCAAACUAUUUCCCAAGAGUCCUCCGAAAGUCAGCUUCCGCUAAGACCUGCAGGAUCACGAGGUUCUACCACCAGCAGCGGUUCAAUGGAUGAAGUAGAACGUGCAUUGAAAAGCCUUCAGCUAGCUAAGUUCUCCAUCCUGUCUGGAGUGGGGAAAUCAUCAUCAUGUCAAGGGGAAACGAUUCGAGAAAACGAAUGUUGUAAGAGAACCGAGGCUAGCGUGGAGCUUCCCUUUAUCAGCUGUGCUGAUCUGUUCAGGCUACCUCCCAGUGUCGUACAUGGUGCUGGAACGAGGAACAAGUACCCUCUGCUUCCUUGUUCUGAUUUGGUAAGUCCUGGUCCUGCUCAUGGAAGUCAACAAAAUCAUCACAUAUUUUCUAAUCUUGGAGCUCCAUUUUCUGCCACAAAGAUGCAGUCUCAUCCCCAGUCGGUUGCUUCAACCACAUUGUCAUCUAGCCUUUCACAUCCUUGCGCACAGUUCUCAGGCUUCCGAUAUCCUUGUUCAGAUGAACAGGGUAGAAAUCCCGGUAGAUGAUUGUCAAUAAUUUCUACAUUGCCUUUGUAUGUGUAGAUUGUCAAACGGGAUUCAAUUGGUUAAUCUGUUGUGACGACUCUUUCAUAUUGCUCUGUUAAAUUAAUCAGCCAAUUUUAAACCUUGUCCGAUA